CUCUACCUACGUGAAGCAUUAAUCUGUUCAUUUCUCAUUCUGCACGCAGGUCGUGUAUUUUAUCUCUGUUGCGAUUUCUUCGGUUCUUCUGCUGUACAUUCAUUCGACUUGGCACAUCAUUGCUUUUUACUUGAACAGGACUUCAAGAACCCAUUGACCAGAACAAGUCUCCAGCAUACCGAGCCAUCAGCCAUGCAAUUCGCCCUCGUAUAUAUCAUCGCUAUUACACUACCGUACCUUUCGGUCCUCGCUCAGAGACAUCAUGGCGGCGGCGAUGGCGGCGGCGGUGGCGGCGGAGGUGAUCGGACUGGAGGUGGCGGCGGAGGAGGAGGAAGUGGUGGUGGCAGUGGCAGCAGCGGAGUCGCAACAACAUUCAUUACAAUGACUGCAACAUCAACCAUUACCGCAGUCACAUCGACAGAAACAGUAUCUGGCAGCGCGAAUGGGGCUGCUACCGUCGACGACACAUCGUGCCCGAUUUUCAAUGUCACUGCAAACAUCAAGGCCAAUGAUGGAACUGCAAACUGCGUAGGAGACAAGGGAGCGCUCAUUCCUUGCGACUGUCCCCCAAACUUGAACAUAUUCACCCCAUUCCUAUCCAUGGUGAUACAAGCUGGCUCCGUAUUCCCAGCCGGCAGUUCGAUAGCAAACCAGCUCACCCGGUUGGACACGUGUACUGUGGCGCUGCAGAACUUCAGAGGAGGUCUUGGGAGUGGUAACGGCUGUCCCAUUGUAGCCACAAAAUGGAAAGAGUUGCGGACAGUGUUACAGUCUGGAGGAUAAGAAGAGAAAACAACCCACCUCGUGUAACGAGAUACUUGAUCAGAGCAAUAACAUGGCGUUGGAGGUUGCGCUGGGACUCUUUUGACUGAUUUACGAUCUUUUGGAGGCGCUUAGAGCAGUACAGUUGAUAACAAUGAAAACAACCCUGUUGAAG